AUGCAAACCCUAGUUGGAAGAGCGACUGAGAAAAAGAUUAGAGCAAAAGCACAACUCAAUCUACCAAGCCUUCCCGAAGAAAUCGUUAUCGAAAUAUUCUCAAGAUUACCCCUCAAAUCUCUCGUAAAAUUUACUCUUGUCUCCAAGCAAUGGCGUGCUUUGAUUCAAUCAGUUUCUGUGAAAAUCGUACCACGAAACAAUGUUCUCGUUCGUGGAAGGUUUUCUCUUCACUCCAUCGACCAAGAUUUUCUUGUGAAAAUCGUUGAUGAACCUGUGAAAAAAAACCCAUAUGAAAUCUUCGGUUCCUGUAAUGGGUUGUUGCUUAUUAGGAUUCGCGAUCAUUUGUUCUUGUGGAAUCCGCUCACCAAGUGUUCGACGAAAGUCCUCUCAUAUGAGCCCUUGCUGUGUACUGGUUAUAGUGUUGUUUCUGGGCUUUGCUUUGACUCAUUUAGUAAUGAGUAUAAGGCUGUAAUGGCCCUUUCUCAUGACAUUACACUCUUCGGUGGUGAAUUCGUUGUAGUUGGUAGUCUCCGAAGCAAAACUUGGACAGAGAUCAACUUCCCCUACCAUUUUUGUAGUGUGAAAUCAGGACCUGUGGUGAAUGAAAAUCUACAUUGGUUUGCCUCUAAUAAAAGUUCGGAUCGCUUCUUCGCACCCCGUGAAAUCAUUUACUUCAAUCCGCGAAUGAACAAAUUCAAGAAAUUACCAAUGCCGCAACCUAAGAAUGGAGAUGGAGAUAUUAUACUUGGUUUGGGAGUUUUGGAAGGAUGCCUUUGUAUGGUUCGCUGCUACGAUGAGCAUCCAAGCGGUCAUGUGGGUAUUGUCGAGUUGUUGGCAAUGAAGGAAUAUGGAAUGCAAGAAUCUUGGACUACCAUGUUCAUCAUAUCGAAUUUGCCUGAGUUGGGUAUUUAUGAUAAUGUAGUGCCGUUGUGUUUUAUAAAGAAUGGUGAAUUACUAAUUAAAGUUGGCAGAAAGCAUUUGAGGGCAUACAAUCCUAAUGACAACUCUCAAAGGGAUGUUACAAUUCCAACUUAUUUGGAUGCAAUUGUGUAUGAGGAAAGUGUAGUUACACCUACUGGGUACAAUUGGGAGGAGGAAGUGUUGAGAGGGGAAGCAAUAUAUGUCGAAACAUCCCUUUCAGGCUCGAGGCGAAAGAUAAGAAAGGUAAUAGGUAAGUCGGACUAUGAAGAGUUAGACUCAGGAGAGGAGGAACACAGAGUAUUAGACUUAGAAGAGGAAUAG